AUGGAUAAGCUAGCCCGACUACCCUCGGAGCGCCCGCAGGACGGUGUGCGAGCCACCUUGGAGUUCGUUUUUUCGAUGCACCCGUCGAGUACCAUGAUGUCCGUAGCCGCGGCUGAAGCGGCCGUCCCACAGAAAAAAGGGGCGCUCAUUACCCAUGAGGCUCUCACUCUUGCGAGUAACCUUCUGUCCAAACCACCUAAGGCGGUGUCUCCGGAGACGUGGUAUGCAGGCAUAUCGCCUCAGUUGUUGGGGCUGCUUGACGGAGGGGAAGGACCGGAACUUGUGAAGGCUGCCGCAUAUGUUAUCGGGUUUGGUAUUCUGGGGACAAAGGAGUUCGGAGCACCCGGAACUGCCGGGUGGAAAUUCUUUGCAGAGCCGAUGCUUCACCACAUUAAACCCCCUCCGGGGGCUUCAAAGGACUCGGUCGUUGACGCCGACGGUGUCAUAAAUCUCAGCCGAGGUCAGAUUGUAGUUUCGCCUGAGAACCUAGUGACGGCACUCCGCCGGUUACAGUCUCUAGUCGUUGCGCACCCGAACCCUGGGCUGUGCAAGCGGCUUCUGACGCCCCUUCUGCUCCCUCUUUGGGCUCUUGCAUCCUGGCCGGACGCCAAAGAGACGGCCUGCGAACCCGCGCUGUCACUCAUGAAGAUUUUUCUCCAAAUAACGGCUUCCCCAAAUCUUGUUGCGACCCUCAUUCGAAACCUUGGCUAUCUUGGCGGGUAUGACAAGCAGAACCCAGAGUGGGUUUACGACGGCGUCAACGGCGGCCAAAUAGCCAUCGUGGAUUUGAGGCGUGCCCUACGGGCUUCUGCCCCCCCGAUCAUCCCCCAAGGCAUUGACCAAAAGAUAUCAAAGCUUUUCGAGGUCAUUACCCUGACAUACUCAGAUGGUGAUCUCUCGACUAUAUUCCUUCAACUUCUCAAAAAAUGGUUGAAGUCGACUGCGGAUAGUAAGGGGUUGGGCAUCAAGAUAGAGCAGGCAGACGAGGAGGAUGCGGUCACUCAGCUGACCGAGAUGAAAACUCUCCGGGCCAUGAUGGAGAAGUUUCCCGAGAAGCUUGCGGCGCAGCCGAAACACAUUCUUGACCUUGCCGCUCAGCUUCUGGCGGCCCCAGGAGAAGCCUUGGAUGGUAAUGAUGAGGUUACUGGUGUGACACUUAGUCUUCUCAACAUGGUCAUCACUGCCCCAGGUUUUCAGAAGUCGCACGUCGACCCGGAGACCUUACGACUCAUAGAGUCCUCUCUCGACACACUAUCCAGAUCAUCGACAGAUGCCUCUCCUACAGCUACGAACCUCCGUCUUCUACUCCUCUACCGAGACGAGAUCGACCCGGACGCUCCCACCACCACAGCACCUACGGACCGGCAAGUUGAGGACCGCAAGGCUUAUAAUCUUGCCGUCUCCUACAUCACGGCAGCAGACUCCCCUCCGCCUGUUAGAUCUGAAGGCCUGAAUCUCAUUUCCAAACUCGUUGCGGCUCGUUCCCCGGCUCUCGACAUUCCUGGUAUCCUAGUCCUCCUCGCCACCCUCAUCGCUGACUCCGACGAAUACAUCUACCUACGCAUCAUCAAGCUCUACACCCUCCUCUGCAACGGUCACCCACGAUCUGUGCUGCGCGACCUGACGGACCACUUCGUCGACGCCAAGGAAAAGCAUGCCGUCGACACCCGCUUACGGUUUGGUGAGGCCAUACUACAGGUCAUCCAACGUAUGGGUGAGACAUUCACGGGAGGCCUAGCUGAAGAGACGGGCCACGGACUUCUAUCGGUUGCGGGGAGACGGGGACAUCGGCCAAAAACAGAGGCGCGACAGGCACGCGACACGAAGACGCAAGAGAGGAAAGAGAAGGAAGCCGAAGAGGCCUGGGGCGGCGAGAUGCCCGACAUGAGCGAUACCAUGACAGCCGAAGAGAAGCUGCGCAACGAAGUACUGGAGCAGAUUGUACAGGGCUGGGAGAGUCAGCGAGGGAUGGAGGACGUGCGGGUCCGAACGUCGGCGUUGUCGGUGUUGGGCGCAGCUGUUGAGGUGAACGUCGCCGGACUCGGACAACAGGUCGUUACAGCGGCGGUCGAUUUGUCGGUUGCGGUACUGCAGCUGGAGCGCGAAGUGGAAAAGGGGAUUCUCCGACGGGCUGCGGCGGCUUUUGUGUUAAGUUUUCUCAAUGCACUGCAGAAGGCGGAUGAGAGCGGACAGGGUUUGGGCUUUGGGUUUGGGCCGCGGGCGCAGGAGGAUGUGUUGCGCACGCUGAGGUAUGUCGUGGAUACUGAUGAGGACGGGUUGGUUGUGGAACAUGCGAGAGAGGCGGUGGCUGGUCUGGAGGAGUGGCAAGCUAUAAAGCUUCUGCCUAUUGGGAGAAACCAGCAGCUGGUGUUUGGCGGUGGGUUGACAAGGUUGGCUGGGUUGGAUAUUAACCCAGAGAGGUCUGCUGCUGCUACCUCCGCCGCCGAGAAUCCGACCAGGGUAAGGAUUGAGGAAAUUGAGUAA